UUGUUGUUGCGCACAUAUCCGAAAAAAGAGCCUUUUUUUCUGGCAGCAGAAAACACAUGUUGGCUACUGUUGAUGAUGUCGUGGCGUGGGGAGAGUCACUCGACCAGCUUCUGGAGUGUAAAACAGGCCAGCUGGUGUUUGAGGACUUCCUGAGGACAGAGUACAGUGAGGAGAACCUUUUAUUUUGGCUGGCAUGUGAGGACUUCAAGCAAAUUACCAGAGAGAAAGAAAUGAUGGCGGCUGCCAAGAAGAUAUACACAGAGUUUGUCCAAGUUGAUGCGCCUAGACAGAUAAACAUUGACUAUGUGACGAGAGAAGAAAUCAGGAAAAAUCUCUCUCAGCCGGAGCCAAAUUACCUCAACAGGGCGCAAGAACUGAUAUACGGUCUGAUGGUGAACGACUGUUAUCCACGAUUUCUGAAAUCAGAAAUGUACCAAGUUCUCCUGGAACAGGCUGAACAGCAAUGAAAGCAUCAUGAGGAAAAGAGCUUGUCCGAAGCCUCCCUGAGUGAUUUAUUCUGCACUUCAACCGACUGUCCUUACAAUCUCACAUUAAACAAAAUAAAGCCGUGUCUGUCAGAAGAAGCAGAAGUGAAAGGAAAUACAUAUUUGUCGGUAUAAGGAUUGACAUGGUCUUAGAAAUAAUGUCAAUCAUCUAUUGGGCAGCCUUUGAAGUAAACAUUGGUGUGGAUUUUUUUAUAUUGCAGAAAAAAAGCCUGUAAGUCAAUAUCAAGUUCUGAAAGGUUGACUUUUUAAAACAUAAUUUGUAUGAAUUAUUAUAAAAUGUUAUGUUUCCGAAGAGUCCAAUUUCAAAGCUAUAUGUCCAGACCCCAAUGACAUCAGUUGAAAUCCGGUAUGAUUAUAUUUGAUCACGUUAACACAUGACAUUAUUUGCUUGUAGAAUCCCCAAAAUGUUUUUUUGUGUGUUUCUGAAAUGUAACAAACAUUGUAUUUUUGUCUGUGAUAUAAUGUUGGAUAAACAUCACAUGAAAGUACAAUAACAGCAACUUUAAAGCAUAUCAUACUCCCGGCUCUUCAUUAAGUUAUUUUUGAAAGUAAAUGUUGAAUUAAAACUCUGCUGUGUUGUUUUUG